CACAACCCUAAAGCACAUUUAUUGUCAAGUACUGCACACUCCUAUGCCAACAUAUAUGACCAGGACUGCACUUGUUGAUAAUAAUUAACCUCAGUCAAAAUUAGCAAUCAAUACCUAUACAGAAUGUUAUCAUAUAUAUGCACUGUAACAGCUUACAUUUUAAUUUGAAGGCCAUGUUUGCGAAUAACUCAGUCAAAGUGUCAUCAAAAGCAUACGAAUUCGUAGUAUUUUUUGUAACACCAUGAAAUGUAGUAAAGUGAUCAUUCAUGCCAAUGAUGGUGGAAUAUUGCUGUUUGGCAGCCAUUUUUUUAAAAAUGGCCACCGCAACUAACAUUGGGCGAUUUGACAAGGGCCUUAUAUCUGAUCACCACCAUAAGUGGUUGUACUAACAAUGUGCCAAAUAUAAUGGCCUCGUGAAAAUAAUCACAAUAUGUGUUUUCCUAGCCUGCGCCUCAAUAAGGGUGACGUGUUCAAAUAUUUACAGCAUUUUUUUCCUGUAUCACUGCCAACGCGGUUUUGAGCUUUCGGUAUUACAUUAGAGUCAACGAUGAGGGCUGAAAUUUGAUUAUUGAGAGCAUAAUUUGAAGUUGAUUAUCCAACAGUGGGCUAAUAUACUUCGCCACUGCUCACAGCAUUAGUAAUAUACAUCCAACAGACUUCGGAGAAUAUCACGGUAUUAAUGAAGGCAGUGAUCAGCUCUACACACUCCUCUCACUACCAUUUGCAUGACCUCCCUAUUUAAAGAGGAAAUUAGUCAACUCUUCCACAAAGAUGAUAUUAAUUUAUUCAGCAGAGCGUUGUAGUUGCUGAAAGUCAUUCCAGACAGGCAUUUGGUGGUCGACAGCAAGGAUUAUUUCCCAACAAACUUAUAAAAAAUAGCUGUAUUUGUCAUUGACUCUGAAUUUAAAAAAAUGCAUUUUCAUUUACAAACCUUGCUGAAGAAGCAAUGGCGUACACUUUCAAAGAUGGCAAACAAUCGAGCAAUUUAAAAUUAAUUAUAUAUCAUUGGAACAAUGAAGAUUGAGCAACUAUUAUUAUGAAAUGUUCGAUGAAAUUUCAUAGCGUUAUUUUAUAAUGUUUUAUUAUCGUGUAAUGGUAUUACAGGAUUUAUAUUUGUACCAGUCUAUAGCGGACAUGAAAUAUAUAUGUACAAAUUGUGGUGGGGCUGUCACUGAUAGAGGUAGUGUGCUGAAGCCUGCAGCUCGACAGAACCUAUUCAUCUUCAGAAGAAACUCUGCGCUUUUUUGGAUUUGUCUGAUCAUUUAUACUUUGCAGGGCACCCUGGAGGCUAUGAUGACAAAAAAAGUUGCAAUCAACUCUUGCCAAUUUUUAUUUUUUAAUAGUUCUCGGUAAACAAAACAAAAAAAAAUAGUUUUUAUGUUUUCUUCUAAUUAAAUGCAGGACCACUUUUGUUUAAAAUUCACCUCAAAAACACCUUUUAUCUUCUUGUUCCACUUCACCCAUUUUCUUCUUCUCCCUCGUUUAGGAACCAUUGAGACAUUACGCAGCAGCAGCCUCUAGCCGAAAAUUCUGAGGGCAUGCCCAACAAAAUGAUCAUUGAAACAUGACUUUAGUUGAACUCAAAUGUAUCUGCUUAUGGCUGUCUGAACUCACUUCAAUAUGUGUUUACUUACUGUAACAUUUCGUGACGUUCAGUCCGCAUUUGUACAUUUAAAACACACAUUUUGUGAUGUGCAAUACUAUAUUUUAAUCAACCUCAGCCACUUUGUUUCAAGUAUAAACUCCAUAAUAUAUACACAGGUACAGUAAUUAACAGUAUAUGGGAAUUGCUGGAUAAUAUAACACUUCAUAUUAAUAUAUACUUAGAUUCACUUCUUGAAAAUGUGCCUUAUUAUUGUUAAUGGAGACAUGGAGAAUGAAUCAACACUAGAAUCUGGCCAAAAUGCGGAGUAUAAACAUGAACUCAUUAACAGUAUCUACGACUACACAAACAAGUCUAUAUCCUAUGCAAUAGUCAUUACUAUGUAGUAAUUUAUAUACGCAUAAAUCAUGCAGCGUGUGUGCACUGCACUUACUAUUGCCACAGAUGUAUCAUUAAAUGGCACAAUGGUGCGUAUACGUCGUCUAGGUACAAUUGUUGAAGGGCUUACAGUUGGUAUUUUCACAUUAUCCAGGCAAAUCCGUCUGUGCUCUGCUUGCCUGUCUUGCUUUAGGCGUGGAUUAACUCUCCACUUGGCCCGACCCAGUCCUGCACCCACAUAACAAUAGUGGGCAAACUUUACAGCAACAUCCUGCAUCAAAUGUACCAUUCACAACACGUUCGCCGGAGUGAGUUUACGUCGGGUGGCAGUGGCGUGGAGAUCGCGUGAGCAGGCGGUGCACCGGCACUGGGCCCCAUGGGGCUGGAUUGGAACAUCUUUGAAUUUACUGGACAGACAUCUGUGAAAAAAGAGCUUCAUAGUUCAUCAGAUUCCUCCAGUAUUAAAUCAAUAGCCUGAUUCGGAUUGCCUCGGUGCCAGGCUAAGAAGAGCGGGAAAUUGGUGGCUCUGUCAGGUGGCCUUUUAAAAAUCAGAACCUUUUUAAAAUAAUUGAAUUACCAUCCAAAUGUUAGCUCUUAUCUUGGAUAAAUUCAGUAUUUUAUUUGCUCUGUCCAGUAUUUUAUAUGCACACGAAAUAGAAUAGGACUAUUAUAUAAACGUAUGGACACUUUUUGUUAAAAGAUUACAUUGAUUAAGGAACGUAUUUCGGAAGUUCGGCGAAACUAUAUACAUACAGUACUUGCCAUGAAUGGUCCUGGUAAAAAAAAAUGCACAUACGCACACAUAAACAAAGCUUUAUAUAGCUCAUCCGCAUUAGACGUGGCCAUUCUGAUUAAUCUAAAAGCGAACCGUAGGAGGGCAUGUUACAUCAUGGGAGGGAAAAAAACCCCACGAAUAUUUACGCGUUCAUUUUGAGCUCCUGCAUUUCUCGUAACACAAAUUGUCAUCGUUGAAACUGAUUUUGGGAAACGUUACAGCAAGGGGGGCAAGAAUCCACACGUGGACGCAAUUUGCACGAAUUCCGUUCGACACUGCGUACCUAAUCUGCGGACUUACAGUUCAAGCCUGGGUUUUACCCUUUUAACCAUGGCCCUGAAACUUUUACAAACACGCUCUGGCAUCAAAUCAAGAUUAAAUUCCAGAGGCUUACGGAAAAAAAAGGAAGUGACAGAUGGCGAGCUAUGUGACGCACACACACGCUUUGUUUUGUUUUCCUCACCCACACAGCCAAUGUAUUUGUUUGUUUGCUUUCGACCAGUCCCUACCUCCACAGACACAUUUUAUUGUUUGUUUAACAGCUCUCAUAGUGAAAGCUCCCCGCUAUGCAUUGCUAGCAACCAACUAACAAAAAUUGUACUACAGUCUCGGCAUACACAUAACAAGCAACUGUGAAGCGCUAGGACUGGUAUCAAAACAAAGAGGGCAUUGCAAGUUGUGGGAUUACCCGACGGACAGGUGUGAGGACGGCAGGAUGUUUUGCACGGCGCUAGCACUGCAGCAGCCUGAAGACCAGGAGCCUUGCAUAGCUAGGAGUUUAGCACGAAAGUCAAGUAGCAGCAGCAGCAGCAUCAGCAGCUGUCUGGGAGACAAGCGCAGCGUCCUCGCGUGCCUCGGAAAACAGUGUUCCAUUGAAGAGGGCACUGCGGAGGCGCGAGUGGACAACGGUGGACCCGUCAGUCAUCUGCUGCCCAUUGGGCAUGCCGAGCAGAUUCCCGUAGAGUAUGUGCUCUUACGAUGCGCCCCGCUAAAGAGUGGACCUUUGGACGAGACGGCGGGGGCAUGCUUGGAGAAAAAUGGAGGGCCUGCACUUUGCCUGCCCUUCUCAAGGUCCUGUCCAGACGUAGGUUCCGCGAACAAUGAAAGGGAAGCUUUGUGGAUGAUGCUGGAGAAGGUGUUAUGGGAGGUUAGGUGUAGCCGUCCUGAGGAUGAAGACGUUGAUCGAAUUACUACCACUUGCCUGCCUCAAUUCCGCUGGAGGAAACUCAAGAAAAGAGCAAUGUCGUCAAACACACUCCCCAUGCAGCAGGCACGGCCCCUGCCCGUGAUCCCCAACACACCAACGACACCGAUACCGAGUGGCAAGUCCAACAACAACAGCAGCAGCAGCAGCAGCAAGAAGAAAAAGAAGUUCUGCAAGGCUGACAUUGGGAUGCCCAGCAACUUCCAACACGUUGGACACGUUGGAUGGGACCCCAACGCUGGCUUUGAUACCAACGUCAUGGACCCGCAGCUGAAGAAGCUCUUCGACAGUGCUGGCAUCUCCGAGUCGCAGCUCAAGGACAAGGAGACGUCAAAGAUCAUCUUCGACUUCAUCGAGAGCCACGGCGGCCUGGAGGGGGUGAAGACCGAGAUGUCACAGCAGCCACCAAUGUCACCCAGGGCCGGCCCGCUGCCACCAACACCCCCCCAGAUAGAAGCCCCGCAGCCCUCCAAAGGCCGCAGCCACAGCUCCCGUCCGCUGCCCUCCCGGCCGUCCCCUACUCUGCCCCCGAGCCUGCCGCCGUCGCCACAGCCGACGCAUCAGCCCCCCUUCAACAGCAGAGCCGUGCCUCCGCCCCCACCGCCCACCCAGCGCGGUGUUGCCUCCUCCCAAGCGCCACCGCCGCCGCCGCCUCUGCAGGGUUCGAGGGCACCGCCGUGCGGGCCGGCCCCGGGCCCCCCGGCCAUGUCAGCGCCGCCGCCACCGCCGCCGCCCCCGCCGGCAAAUAAGCCCCCUCCACCCGGGGUGCCCCCUGCACCCGGGCUGCCCCCGCCGCCCAUGCAAACUGAGCCACUCGCCCAGGGAGGAGGUGGAGGAGGCGGAGGGAGACGCGGGGCACUGCUGGACCAGAUCCGCCAGGGUAUCUCACUCAAGGCUGCUGAGCCCACGAGCCCUGCCUCAUUCUCUUGCACGGAGGAUGUUCCCGGUAUUGCGGGCGCGCUCAUGAAAGCAUUGGAGAUGAGAAACAAAGUCAUCCAUUCCUCCGAUGAGGACGAUGAUGAAGAACCAGAAGAGGAUGACGAUGAAUGGGAAGAUUAAAGUCGAGCUAUCGAAGACGGGCUUUUGUAAUGUAGAACAAACAGCAUGUGCACCGAUGCACACACGCACCAACUGAGGCACCACGCAAACGUAUAGUUCGUGAUGACGUUUUUUUGGGGAUCAGAUCGCAUAAAUGUAAAUGUGUCGUAUGCCCACCUCCACCAGACACGGCCUGUGAAUAAGGUUUGUCACGUAAACAAAACGCGCCAAUUUGUUUAUCCACACACCGUUGUGCUAAAGUAGCAACAAAUUGGGACGUAUUGUUCACAUGACAAAUCUUCGGGUGGAGGUGGGAUCUAUGCCAUAAUUAAAUUCACGUGAUAUAACCCCCCAUGGAUAAUAUUGGUCGCGGAAAGGCAACGUGUUGAAUUUACAGUCCACACGUGUAGCGUUCGCGUGGAAUUAUGUUGUGGGUACCCAUAGCAAUUACAUAGUAAAAUAACUCUUUAACCAAUUGUGUCUUAAGACCUAACAAAAAUGGGACAUUUUCACGUGUUUUUAAAGUGUUUCCCCCACCCCCUCCCCUCGUAGAUAUAUAACAGCUUUGCCUGUGACAAUCAUAAGAUGUAGGAACGAUGCUUUGACUUUUUUUCCUGGUUCUUUUUCUGAUGUAUUUGUAAUGUCGACUGGCCCACUCUGUUCAAAACAGCAAUGAGCUGGCUGACUUGUAACAUCAAUAUAAAUCUACGUGUUUUAGUGGAGACGUGACAUUCAAUGUUGCAAGUAUUUCAUUUAAAUACGCAAUGUGGGGGUGGGGAGGGUGGUUGCAAGAUGUUUCGUUUAUUUUCCAACAUCACAGUAUUAUUACUCAUGUUAAAUAUGUACAAAAUGUGAUUUUUUUUGUAUCAAUGAAUUAAUGUUGCUUUCAUAUGUAAGUGAUACAAAAUUAAAUAUAUUGUAAGAGUUCAGUGGAAAGGGCAAAGCCAGUUGAUGACCAGGGGGGAAUUAAAGGGCAUCAAAUGCGUCGCACAUCCGACCAUCAAUGUACACUCUGACCAAUGAGCCACCCAUACCCAGUGCAGUGUUUGUGCGCAGUGAUGCAACUCUGGUCAAAUAUAGACGUUCGCAAAUCCGAUCUUUGCCAACACGGUAACGUGUUCUCAAUCUCACACGCCCAGCACGUUUGCCCAUGUUAAACGUAGUUUGCGCUUUAGCUCUGUCCAUCAGGUGGUCAAGGUGUGGCUGGCAUUAUAAUAUAGAUGUUCGCAUAGCUCUCCAUUUCACAUAUCCGCAUACUGUAUGUCUAAGUGCACGGUGAGUCGGAUGCCCGAUGACAUUUCGGUUAUGUGUUUUUCUUGCUCCAAGUGGUCACCUCCAACUAAAACUGUUUUUUUUGCUGUAUACCUGGAGAUGCAAUGGUACAAACAAUCUGUGUUUUGCUUGGUCACCAAUAGGUCAUUUGUAGAUACUUCAGUCAAUGCAGAUGUUUUUUUUUUAAAUGCCUCUCUUGGUUUUUUUUCGUGAUUAAAAAAAUGUGUGUUAAUAUCUACUGUAGUGGCAUUUCGAUUUAAAGCUUUCGUGACUGCAGGGAUUCAU